GGGUUAGAGGUCCACGAGAAAAGAAAUUUAAAAAAAAAAUUUUUUUUAAGGCCCGAAGAGACGGGCGUGGUUGAUCAGACACUUUUUUAAAUUAUUAUUAUUAAUUUUUUAAGGUGCAUUGCGUUUGGGGCGUAGGAUGAUUAAUACUGCCGAGUGCAUUUCAGAGUUCAUUUUUUAAAAAGAAAAAGCAUCCGCCGGGUACAGGGAACACCCGCUUCCAAACGCUGGAAGAAUGAACCGUCCCUACCCGUCGCCCCCGCGUCUGCGCCCACAUCGACGCCCGACUGAUUUUCUCUGACGUAGGCAAGCAGAGGUGGUAGCGCACUUUUGCCGCGCGAGUGCCUGUAGAUGUUGAGCCCUUCGAGGAACUAUUGCGAGGAUGUCCUGGCUUGUGGAACAGGGUUCGCCGCAGCCGCCGGGGUCUCCGCUGUCUCGCGAGGAGGGUGAAGCGCCCCCGCCCGCGCCCGCUCCUGAGGGCCGGCGGAGAAGUCGCCGGGUGCGUCUCCGCGGAUCCUGCCGUCACCGACCGAGCCUGUUGGGCCGCCGGGAGCUCGCCGCGAGCACCCCUACCGGGCCGGAGCCGGGGGCCACUGAGAUAAUGGCAUCGGCUACCAAGGAUUUUAAAAUGGACAGCUUUUCACCUAAAGCUGGUACUAGCAAAUUGCAACAGACAGUACCAGCUGAUGCAUCUCCAGAUUCGAAGUGUCCUAUAUGUUUGGAUAGAUUUGAUAAUGUGUCUUACUUAGACCGCUGCUUACAUAAGUUCUGUUUUCGCUGUGUACAGGAGUGGUCAAAAAACAAAGCUGAAUGUCCCCUAUGUAAACAACCUUUUGACUCUAUUUUCCAUUCUGUGAGGGCAGAAGAUGACUUCAAGGAAUAUGUCCUAAGGCCUUCAUAUAAUGGAUCUUUUGCUACUACUCCUGAUGUUCGAAGGUUCCGCUAUCGCACAACUAUGACAAGGGAACGGGAACGAGAACGGGAACGAAGUAAUUCUGUUUAUUCACCUAGUAGUACUGUGAAUAGAAGAACAACUACUCCACCCGAUAGUGGAGUAGUAUUUGAAGGGUUAAGCAUUCCAGCAGGACUUAGAAAUAGUGACCUUAUAAGACAGUCUUCACUAAGGAGACCAACUACAGUUGCAGAUGAACGGUCUUUGCGGAAAAUACAAGAGCAGGAUAUUAUAAAUUUCAGGCGAACUCUCUAUCGGGCUGGUGCUCGUGUUAGAAAUAUUGAAGAUGGUGGCCGCUACCGGGAUAUUUCUGCUGAAUUUUUUCGUAGAAAUCCAGCUUGUCUUCACAGAUUAGUUCCCUGGUUAAAACGAGAACUGACAGUUCUUUUUGGAGCUCAUGGUUCUUUAGUGAAUAUUGUACAGCACAUCAUCAUGAGUAAUGUUACUCGCUAUGACUUAGAGAGUCAGGCAUUUGUAUCUGAUUUAAGACCAUUUUUACUUAAUCGGACCGAACAUUUUAUACAUGAAUUUAUCAGUUUUGCUCGAUCUCCUUUUAACAUGACAGCCUUUGACCAGCAUGCUAAUUACGAUUGCCCUGCCCCUUCGUACGAAGAAGGUAGUCAUUCGGAUUCUUCGGUCAUAACAAUUUCUCCAGAUGAAGCUGAGCCCCAAGAGCUGGAUAUUAAUAUAGCCACUGUUAGUCAAGCACCAUGGGAUGAUGAAACUCCAGGACCAUCUUACUCAAGCUCUGAACAGGUACAUGCUGCUAUAUCUUCCCUUUUAAAUUCUUCUGACAGUUCAGAUGAUGAACUUGUAUCUGCAAGAGCCACAUCUCAGAUACAAGGAGUACAAACCAAUGAGGACCUAAAUAACGACAGUGAUUCUUCUUCAGAUAAUUGUGUCAUUGUUGGGUUUGUUAAACCACUAGCUGAGAGAACCCCAGAACUUGUUGAACUGUCUUCUGAUUCUGAGGAAUUAGGCUCUUAUGAGAAAAUGGAGACAGUGAAGACACAAGAACAAGAGCAGUCUUAUAGUUCGGGUGAUAGUGAUGUUAGUAGGUGUUCUACUCCACGCUCUGUCCUUGGAAAGGAUGAGCAAAUAAAUAAAGACCACUGUGAUUCUGUUACAAGAAUCAAAUCGAAGAAGGAGGAAAAACGAUCUACAUCACUGUCAUCCCCCAGAGACCUGAGCUUAUCUCUCAGAGGAGACAGGGUAUAUUCUCCUUAUAACCAUAGACACCGGAGGAGGGGGCGAUCAAGAAGUUCAGAUUCACGCUCACAGAGUAGAAGUGAUCAGAAGAAUCACAGGAAGCAUCAUGGGAAGAAAAGAAUGAAAAGCAAACGAUCCAGAAGCAGAGACAGUAGCCGACCUAGAAGUAGAAGAGACAAAAAGAGAUCACGAACUAGAGAGAGCAGUUGGUCCAGAAGAAGCCAAACGCUGUCCUUAAGUAGUGAAAGCACAAGCAGAUCAAGGUCUCGCAGCAGUGAUCAUGGUAAAAGAAGAUCACGGAGCAGAAACAGAGAUCGUUACUACUUAAGAAAUAAUUUUGGAAGUAGAUAUAAGUGGGAGUAUACCUACUAUAGUAGAAAUAAGGACAGAGAUGGUUACGAAUCAUCUUACAGGAGGAGGACACUAUCCAGAGCUCAUUAUUCCAGACAAUCUUCAAGUCCAGAAUUUAGAAUUCAGUCCUUUUCUGAAAGAACAAAUGCUCGGAAAAAAAAUAAUCACAGUGAAAGGAAAUAUUACUACUAUGAAAGACACAGAUCAAGGAGCUUAUCUAGUAGUAGAUCAAAGACUGCAUCUACAGGACCUGACCGGGUAAGAAAUGAAAAACCUGGAGGGAAACGAAAAUACAAAACACGUCAUUUGGAGGGUACUAGUGAAGUGCCUCAGACAUCUCGAGACUUUGCCUCGAAAGUAAAGGAGAGUCAUUACCAAAAGUCUUCAUCAAAAUUGGAUGGAAGCUACAAAAAUGAGAGUGACAGCUUUUCAGACAGCCGAUCAUCAGACAGAGAAACAAAACAAAAGAGGAAAAAAAGGAGAACCCGGAGCCUAAGUGUAGAGAUAGUCUAUGAAGGAAAAGCCACCGAUACAACUAGACAUCAUAAAAAGAAAAAGAAGAAACACAAGAGGAAGCAUAGGAAACAUCACGGGGAUAAUGCUUCACGUUCUCCAGUUGUCAUCACUAUUGAUAGUGAUAGUGAUAAGGAUUCUGAAGUAAAGGAGAAUACAGAAUGUAACAAUAGUGGUCCUCAAGACCCUUUACAGACUGAGUUUUUGGCUCCGUCCUUGCAACCAGUUGAAACUAAAGAUGUAGUUACAAUAGAUGAUGAAUUUGGUGUUCUGGACAGGGAGUGUGACAUUACUUCACUCGACACUAACAGAACUGUAAAUAGUACUCCACCCCAGAUAACUUCAGUUGAACAAACUCUUGAUGUUAGAGAAGAAAGCACCUUUACCUCUGACUUGGAGAACCAGCCGAGUAAUGUGUCUAUUCAAACUGAGCCAUCAUUACAAUUGCCAUCUCCACGGACAUCAUUAAUGCCAGUGUCUCUUGGUGGAGACUGUGAUUUGUCUUAAAUUUGCCAAAGCAUCUCAUUAAGAUUUCUGAUGUUAAGGAAAGAAAGGAAAAAUGUCAUUAACUUAAGUCAGUCUACUUAAAGAGGACUGACUGACAGUGAAAACUCUUCCCCCUUAAAAUAUUUUGUGUUUCUUUGUGUUAAAACUUUGUAAAAAUCAUUAUUUGUUCAAAAAGUAUGUAUGUUCCCGCCUCAGAGAUAAGCACUUUUAAGUAGAGAAAAUGAUAUUGCUAGUGGUUUAUUUAAAACUUGGGAUCCUUUUUAAGUAAAAAAAUUGUAAAGUUUAGAAGUUAUUUCAUAAAGCCAUAUGGUAUUGACAUAUUUUUAAAGUAGUCAGUGGUAUUUUUGGAUUUUUUUUUUUUUGCAAGUUAUUCUGGAUAUGUGCUAUAAGCUAGGAGAAUCCCUUUGAACAGGCUUUAUUUUUCUUGAAAUUUUGUAUUAUUCAAAACCAUUACUUAAGGUUAAAUUCAAGCAUUUUAUUCUGCAGUGUAUCUUAACAUCUGCCAAAAGAAAAUUUUUAAGAUUUCCUUUAUAUACUUGUUUAUCUGGACCUCCAGUAAAACAAAUGUGUAUUCAACAAAAGGGAAAAUAAAACAGUAACACCUUAAAACCAAGAACCUAGAAAUUUUCCUAUGCAGUAUUAUGUUUUUUAAAAAUUAGAUUAUUCUAGUAGAUUUAUAAUCUUGAAAAGAGUUGAGGAUAUACUUGUGUCAUAAAAACGGUCCCUUUUCAGGUGAUUUGCAUUAACUGGUCAGUUCACAUAAUUUUAAUGAUUAUAGUUAAUCUGAUUAUGAGAAGUGUGUUCUAUAACAAAAUGCACUUAUACAGCAUUUGGCUUACUAAAAACAAAAAAGACAUUUGCUAGUCUUUUUUUAUACCAGUAGUCCUUCAUUGGGUGUUUGUGUUUUUAUUUAAGCCUGUUGUAGGGAUGACAAAAAUGCUUCUGAUUAAUACCUUGAGGUGGGAUUUCCAGUGAACAUCCAAAUUUAGCCUUCAAUCUGCUCAAAAUGGAUGGAUAAAUAUACUGGAUUGGAUCAGUAGGUGCUAUAGAUUUUUAAAACCUAAGACCUUCUUUCUGCUUUGAGGGAGCUUCUACCUAUUAACAUUUUGGCUUAAUAUUGUUUUGGUUUUUUACUUGCUUAUCUGAAUUCAGUGUUUCAUGAGACAUUUUGUUUUACCUCAGGCUUUUUGUGGUUUUUAACCUUUAUGAUUUGGAAGUGAAAUACAGUCAACCCUUUUCACUUGCCCCUCUACCGUAGGUCAAUGGGAAAACUUAUUAAUACUUUUACUUCAUAGUUAAGUAGGCAAGUUUGGCCUCCUCUGAGAAGUAAUCUUGUGUGGUGGUUAUAAAGGAGCAAACUGGCAUUCAUACUUUGCUGUCUUGGGUCUGGACACCUUGAUUAAGUAAGUGCCUCAUUGAACUUGGAAAGAAUUUUAGAUGGUGCUUCGGUGCAGUUCCCACAAAGAACAUUUCACUAACUCCACUGUUCAAAUGGGUGAGGAAAUGAGGAGUAGAGGUGUUUCUUAUCACAAAUGGGAUUUCAUCAGGAUUCAGAAAAUGGGUUCAUUUCUAACAUUAAGUUCCUUAGGCUUUUGUAUAAUUGAGAAGAUGAAAUUAUUGAUAAUGUAGCUGUCACCAAAGCAGAAUUUGUAUAUACAUGUAUAGUGAUUUAGGAAAGCACAGUGGAAAUGAAAUCAUUACUUGUGUACAUAGCCUUCAUUCAGAGGUUCAGAAAAGAAGUAACCAAAUUGUGGCAAAAUGUUUAAAAGUUGGUUAAUCAGUAAAACUGGGAUUCUUUUUGUACUGUUGUAAAUAUUUUUGUAUGUUCAAAAUAAUUUUAAAAUGUUGAAAUUACCUCUUUAAGCCUCUCAGGGUACUUAUAUGAGAGUGUUAUAUCAGAGUGAGUUAGUCAUAAUUACUUGGGCCCCCUCAAGGUCCCCAAACAAACAUACAGUAGUUAUUAAAGCUACUCUCUCUGGGAGAAGAAAUCUAGGUAAGUUGCACAUUUAAAAGUCUAAGCCUGUAGAAAUAAGAAUCUUUGAAAUGCACAGUUGAGGAAGCCUUGGUCAAUUCGCAGAAGGGGAUAUAAAACCAACGGAAAUCGGCUUUUUUUUUUUUUUUUUUUUUAACCAGGAAGAGAGAUGGGGAGGAGUCCCUGACUCUUAACAUGGAAAGUUACAGUCAUCACCGGUAUGGCAAAGCUUAUUCAACAAAAAAGGAGAUCUAGAGUGCAUGUAAAUGGAUUUGAAUUUGAAUUUCUAUUGAAGCAGGCAAAUUGUACUCUAAAACAGGAAGUUAAAAAUGGACAGACGUGAUUCUGGAUAAGUAAAUUUGUGACCUAGUUCAUGCUCUAAAGCCUCUUGAUGAUAGAGAAACAAUACUAGCUCUGAGAAUAAAGAAAUCCACGAAUAGGAUCGGACUUGAGAAAACUAUUGGAAAAUCCCCUCAGAGGGAGGAGGAGUGCAGUUUAAGAAUUGGUGAGGGUCAUCUGGGUAUGACAUCUGUCACUCCAUUGAUCAUGUUGAUUUGGCCUAUCUGACCAGGUAGGGAGUUGUCCCAUAUGCCUCUCUCCCGAAGCCGCAUACUUAGUGAAAGAGGAUGGGGUCAAAGGUACAUGAGUAGCUGCCUAGAACCUCCAAGCAAGAGCCCUAGAACUGCUGAGGCCUUAUUUUGAAGGUGAAGUGUAUAUGUGCUUGCAGGACAGCAAGAAGUGUGGAUUUUUUUUUCUGAUUACAACAUUAAGCAAAAACAACAGACUAUCAAUGUUUAUACAAAAGCUGAAUAUAAUGAUAAAGCAGAAGUAUAUGGGGACCAGGUAAACAGAUUUAGCUUUGAAGUUUGGAGUAGUAAAAUAAGGUGUCAGAGGAAUGAGGGAGAUAACUGGCUGGUUAAAGCAUUCUGUCAUCUGAUAAAAGGAACAAAAGCUAUGAGAUUACCCAUUCAUCUGGAGAACAGGGGUAUGCCAGAAGAUUUACAGUAUUUCAAGUUGGUAUACUGGGGAGCAAGGAUUAAGAUCUUCAAAAAGUACUUUAGCAUUGGACCAGAGUGUUCAUACAGGGUUAAAGCAAAUGCCUUAUAGGCAUUCAGUCUCUUUGGUCGCUGACCCCCAAGCACCACUGGGUGAUCUGGGUAGUCCCCAGCAGUACAUCUUGUGCUGUCACAUUGACCUACCAGUCAUCUAGGCCAAGAACAAUCGAUAAGGGUUUCUGGGACACCUCAGCACAACUUGGAAGCCCCCAACUCAAUAAAUAUGUUUUGACCUUUGAUCUCUAUUUGUAUUCUGCCACAGCUGGCAUAUGCACAGAGAAGAUAAUCAAGACUGAUAAACAAUAACGUUCUUUGGAUUUUUAGUCAAUUGCCAGUAUGUAUUUGAAAAUAAGUGGGAUGUCAAAAAGGUGCACUAAAAUGGGCUGUCUCAGUG